AUGGGCAGUAUAAUGGAGGAGCGCGUGAAGGCAAUGCUGGGACCGUCCUUGAAGCCAGAGAUGAAGACAAUGAUGCAAGAGUUGGGUGAGAAUUUCAAGUUCCCGGAAUGGAAGUACCGGAUGAACAAGCUUGACUCCUGCAGUAGUGAGGCAGCAUCCAUGUUCGGUGGUGCCGCGGCCUUCCCGGCGGCUUCUGGUGGCCAAAAGCAGGCUUCUCUGGUGGGAACCAUCCCGAAGCAAUCGCUUCUUCAUGAGCUGGUCGGCAUCGACAGGCUAGAGAAAGUGGCUAAGCAGCUGGACAAAGGAACGGAUGUGAACGUUCUUGAUUGCAUGGGUGAGACGCCACUCUUCUGGGCUGUGUCUGCAGAGGCGGUGGACUUCUUGGUCACUGAGGGGGCCAGAAUUGAACAUCGGAACUCGCUUUGCCAGUGCUCUGCAUUUUACAAGUUUGCCUGCCAGGGACAGCACAAGCCGCUGAAGGCCCUGGCGCUGCACCUGCGGAAGGCCGGUGUGUUGGAGAAGUACUUGGAUGAGCCAGCUUCAAUUACAAAAAGAACGCCGCUGCACGCUGCGGCACACAAUGGCUUCUUGCAGACGGUCAAGGAGCUCCUAUCAAUGGGGGCGGACCGCGACGCUGAGGACUACUUGGGGAAGAAGGCGCUAGAUUUGGCACGCGAUCGUGGCUUUGAUGAGGCGAGCGUUUGUGAAGCUUGGUACAUCAGCCCAGUGAAACAGAAGCGCUUCUACGUGCGACUUGUAGCAGGGAUCGACGUGAUCAAGGCUUGUGCGCAUGGCUGCGAGUGCGUACCGCAGCUUUGGAAGUGGUUUUCCCAGAAACGCAGCGUGGAGUCCAUGGAGUCCAUGUACAAGGGGAGGGUCAAUCAGAUAGGGAUGGUCAAUGAGCAAGCAGUGUAUUUCGCGACAAAGUCAGGCGUGUCUAUGCUGCAUGAGGGGCUCCUCACACCAGCUGUGGAAAGGCACGAUGCUGAACUGGUGGCAUUUCAUAUGUGCCAUCACCGCAGCAGUAUUUUCUAUGAAGUGCUGUCGAAGGAUGGUGGGGUACUCACCAUCUAUGAGUAUAGCUUGCUGGUAAAGGAGUCUGUCAAGGUGGCGAUCUUCCAAGAGACGGUGCCUGCAAAGUCGCUCUGCUGCGUCGACAACCUGCUGCUCCGCGCCUCUCGCGCGAGCCUCCUGGCCGUGAGCCUCUCGCCCGCCGGCCAUGGUGCACCCCCCAGCAUACUGCAGAAGUUCAAGGAUGCCGAGCAAGAUGUUUUAGGGUCUUUGGCAGUGGCUUUCGCUGCCGACGUUGUACAGCAUGCCCACGUCUAUGCGGUCGCGCCAAGGAAUCGCAGCGUGGUCAAGCUACGACUUCAGGAAGACACGCAUGGCAUCUUGCAUCUGACGAGCAUUGAGGAGCUGCUGGCCGCAGGUGAAGGAGCAGAUGGCCCAACAGAGACAGCCUCCGUGGUGCAACCACACCAGGUCGCCUGGGUGCACGGCAAACUCCUGCUGGCGGAUGGAUGCUCCUUGCGCCAGGUUGAGGAGGGUCGAGUGACUACCUUGCUCGGAUCGCCCACAGAGUGCGUUGAUGCAGCCAACGAAACGCUGUCACCAGCUGACUGGGUGUCCAGGAUUUCGCAGCCAUUGGGCUUAGCAGCGGAGGCGGAGGCCACAGCCGGACAUACUGUCCUCGUACUGACCCGUGGGCAGGUCAUUCAGGUGACGCAGCAGGAAGAAGGCACCUGCACAGGGUCAUCUCACGAUGCCUGCACCAAGGAAGAGUGCGGCUGGGUCGAGGAUGAUCGCCACAACCGUUGCCUCAGCUGCUCAGCGCUACACGCCUGGGCUGAAGCUCAGAGGCCGCCAAUGGACCCGUGCCUGCAGCUCACAGGGGCUGGAUUCGUGCGGUAUGACCUGGGCCCAUGUGGCUGCGUCGCUCCCACCACAACGCCGGCACCCGAAGAGGACAUCGGCGUGGCUGGCUUUGUUCGUGUGGUGGUUGUGCUUGGCGUUGCUUCGGGGGUUUUAUUUUACUGCUGGCGGGAACGACAACGACGUCGACUUCAGCAAGACAUGUAUGGUUUGGCAUCCGACACCGUGCAGUUUCACACUUUCAACGAUCAAGAUCAUGAUUGCUAUGUACGCCAUGACAGCCACGACACCUUUUCGUAG